AUGGCGCCACCCAGACACUGGGGGGCGGCCGCAACCGCGGCGUCGCCACCCCGCAGCAGCUCGGUCAUUGCCUCGCUGGCUCCGCUCGCGCUGCUACUCCUGAUCGCCGCCGCCGCCGCCGCGCACGGCGCCUCCGUCGCGCUGGGAGCAGCGGCCAUCACGGUAGACACGUCCGUCGUGCUGCUGUUCAUGUCUGACAUCGACGGCGGGGAAGGCAGCCAGUGCGCCCAGAUGGCGCGGCGUGCAAUGGAGACCAACGGCAGCACAGUCAACUUUGUCGUCACCGGGUACUACCGGACAGAUGGCAACAACCGCAUGACUGACCUGGGGUACCGCGAGGCGGAGCGGGACAGGGAGCUGCGGCAGUACACCUACGACACUGCGUACCGCCUCAGCAGCGGCCUGACGGCCUGCAUGCAGCUGGUGGUGUCGCGCGGCUUUGGCCUGGCGGUCCACCUCCACCUGGACGACGGCGACGAAACGGGGACGUGGCGCAACGCGCUCGAUUUCGACCCCUACACCAAGUUUGGCGCGCUGUCAUACUGGGACGCGCUGGUCAAGCCGGCGGCGGCGGCGGUCAAGGACGCAAACUUCAGAGGGGCGCCGGUGCUGUUUGCCAUGCAGGCGGAGAUGGGGGCGACGCUCUUCUACUCUGCGCGCUCCUACCGUUCCAUGAUCAAGCAGAUCAAGGGCGUCGUGUCAGAGGGCGGCACCCCGCCAAGCUCUGUGCGCGUCGGCGUAAACCUCAACUGGGAGAAGAUCUGCGGCUGCCCCGGCAACGCCAUGGCGUCGACCACGUAUUAUUCUGACGUUCAGGCCAGGUGGCGCGAGGUGACGGACUCUGUCAGCCUGGCAGACGUGCGCGCCCUCUUCAGGGCGGUGGACUGGAUCGGCGUAAGCGCGUACGCGGGGCUGCCGGACAGCCCCGGCCCUGCUGACCUGGAGGAGAGCCUGCGGCGCGUCGACCGGGAGCUGCGGCUGUUUGGGCUGGACCUGCGGAGCCUCAAUAAGGACCUCGUGUACUCGGAGUACGGCGUCGGCGGCGGGGAGACCGCAGAUUACAAGACCCCCGCCCGCGACUGGCCGCACGCGGCGGCAGCGCCCUACUGGGGGGUGGACGGGCGGUACGACCCGCGGUCAGACCCCUGGGCGCGGGGCGGCAACAGGGCGGCGCUGCGGCGGUUCUACAACACCACCCUCCAGUUUGCUGCGGCGGGGGGCGGCCCCAACUACAAGGUCAGGGCGAUUUUCCUUUGGAGCAUCAUCUCCUUUGACGUCACCGGGGUGCACUACCUGAGUUAUGCCAGGGGCGGCACCGCGGGCGGCGCAGCAAACAGCAGGGCCGGCGGGGCGCCCGGCGGCGCCGCAGGGGGGAGUUACAGGGACCCCGUCAUAACCGCGGCGAUCCGGCAGUACAACUCCGCCGUCAAGCGGCUCAGGGCGGCUGGCGCGGCGCCUGCGGCCCCAACUGCGCCUGGCUCGCCCGCGCCAAACGCGACGCUGCCUCGCAACAGCACAUCUACCAAUGCAGGCGUUGCGCUGGUGCCUGCCUUUCGGGCGGCUGGCAUGCCGGGGCUUGCUGCAACUGCAGCCGCUGACGCUGCUGCAGCGGUGUCUCCAUUGUAG